GCAUGGCUUGCCACGGACAUAUUUUCAUUUUAAAUAAAGAGAUGACGGGUUUAAGAGUGGGUUCGCCCCAACAGGUUCUCUCCUCUCUGCCUACUACUACUGGGUGCUAGUGGAUUACUGGUGCUACUAGUGGCGCAAGCCUCCUCGCUUCGCCUCACCCCUGCUCGCUCUCUCGGUCUUCGUCCCUCGUUCGUCCGUCCCUCCUCUACACCAUGCCCCGCGUGUCCUUCCUCCUUGCGAGUGCUCUCGCUCUUUUAUUACCACACCUUCAAAGAUAUACUACUGCUAAAGCGCAGAGUGUUACUGUCUCUGUACCGGUUUCUAAACCGUCGAACGCAGCUCCGCUUGACCAAGGCUUGAUUUCGUUUUCUAUCGAGCAGGAUAGAUGGGUUGAUUGGGCGGGUAAGAAUGAGCCUAAUGGGUUCUUUCUUAAUACGCUUGAGAACUUGAGAGAGAGACAGGGAGGGACGCCUUGGAUCCGGAUUGGUGCGAACUCGGAGGACCAUACGGAUUUUAGUUUCGAUGUUCAGUUCUCCGAAACGAUCUUCCCCACCCCCUCCGCAUCAAUGCCCUACCCCGAAGCAACAAACAUAACAGUCGGUCAAAAAUACUACAACCUCGCUUCACAUCUCCCACGCGGGACGCACGUCAUAUGGGGCGUUAACCUUGGUAGUGAUAACAUCACUGCUGCUUUCCUUGAAGCGCGUGCUAUUAAGACGGCUUUUGAGAGUGGGGAGGUGAAGGGAAAGGGGGUGGUGCUUGAGGGGGUGGAGAUUGGGAAUGAGGCGGAUUUGUAUGGGGGGAAUGGGCAUCGGAACCCGGCGAAUUGGACUGUUGCGGAAUAUGUUAAGGAAUGGACGACUUUCGCGAAGAACGUCUCCGUAGCAGCAGGUGUCAGCCAAAACGGACCCAAGUUCUUUGGAUUAGCGUUCAGUCAUAAUGCACAUUCGGGUACGGCGUUUUCGUUUGAGAAUGCUGUGAAGGAUGGGUUGUUGGAUUCGAGGGAGGGGAAGUUGAUUAAUGAGAUAUCACAGCAUAUGUACUUCGGAAGCGGAGUAGCAGGCGUUGCUAAUCUCCCGACUCUCAUGUCCAAGACGCUUAUUCGAGGGAACGUGUCUUCGCUCAAGCAGGAUGUUGCUGAUGUUCAUGCGAAGGGGUUGGGAUAUGUCCUUGGUGAGACGAACAGCUACUUCAGUCACGGUGCACCUGGCGUGAGCAACGCAGCGGGUGCGGCAAUCUGGUUAACCGACUAUACGCUGCUUGCUGCAUCGCUUGGUGUGAAGCGGAUGCAUUUCCAUGAGGGUGUUGGGUUUAGGUAUAACUUGAUCCAACCCGUCACUCUAACCCGCUCAAUCAUCGACGCAAGUCCGAUCUCCCCACUCCCUCCACAUAUCCAACCAACGUACUACGGUGCACUCAUCGCAGCUGAAGCAGUCGGCACUUCUGGCUCCUCUUCCGUCGUCGAGCUCAAUAUCAAUGAUAACACGUUAUCGGGGUAUGCGGUGUUUGAGAAGGGCAAGGUGGAGAGAGUGGUGUUGAUUGAUUCGGAUGCGUUUUUGAAGGGAGAUAAGGUUAGGGGUGGGAGGAACGUUACGCUUAGCUUUUCGGCUGGUUCGGUGUCGGGGUUGGUGGAUGGGAAGAGUGGAGGGAGUGUUAGUGUUAAGAGGUUGAAUAUCGGUCAUGCAGACGAUACGAAAGGCCUUACGUGGGCCGGCCAGUCCUUCGAAACGUCUGACGCGAAGCCUAGUGGUGCAGUUAAGAAAGAGACGAUUAAAGUUGUGCAGAGUGGGGGUACGGUGAAGGUGAAUGUUGGGAUACAGGCGACGGAGAUCGUGCUUUUGAGUUUUUAACUCGAGCUGUGUGUGGAUGUGUCAUUGUGUGUUUUGCUUACUUUGACAUUUCGUGACUUUUGACUUUGAUGGGGAUAUUAAUGACUUUUGAUGACUUUUUUUUCGUCACCUACGUACAGGAUGACUUCUUCAAUUUUGACGAUUUUCGUUCGUUUUGUUUGCUGUUGUUUCUCCAGUCAUAAUGUCAUAAUACCUGCUGUCAUUCAUUCGUGUUGUCCUGUCCUCUGAUACUACUUUGUUUUUUGUUCUGUUCAUUAGACUUUUUGACUUUUUGGUGGUAUACAUUGACUUUUUUGCUUUGCCCCAUUUGUCUCUACGUUGAUUGCAUGCUUUGUUAUUACAUAACAUAAUACAUUGCUGUGCUUUCGUUGCA